GCCAUAUUGAAUCAGGAAAUCCAGGCUGGAUGUCAGUAAACAUCCACGUCAACAAACAGUUAGUGUUUCAGAGCCGAGGAGAAAUUUAUCCUUUUUUUUUCCGCUUCCCUCUCAGACUGAUGUGUUAUUAAAGAGGGUUUUUGGGGCGGGCUGGUGAGCAGAGGACCAGAAUAAUGACUUCGCUGACGCAGAGGGCCUCGGGCCUGGUACAGCGGCGGACCGAGGCUUCGCGUAACGCCGCCGCCGACAGAGAGAAGAGCUCCAACGGGGACGAGUACGAUGAGCGCCGCGGGGAGGAGGACGAGGAUGAGUGGGGAGACUCGAAGGAAACACGGCUCACACUGAUGGAGGAAGUGCUGCUUUUAGGAUUGAAGGACAGAGAGGGUUACACGUCAUUCUGGAAUGACUGCAUAUCUUCAGGUCUGAGAGGCUGCAUGCUGAUCGAGCUCAGCCUCCGAGGACGACUGCAACUUGAACCUUGCGGCAUAAGGAGGAAAAGCCUGCUGGCCAGAAAGGUGCUGUGCAAAUCCGAUACUCCCACAGGAGACGUGUUGCUAGAUGAGGCGCUGAAACACGUGAAAGAAACGCAGCCUCCUGAGACGGUGCAGAACUGGAUCGAGUUGCUCAGUGGAGAGACGUGGAAUCCCAUGAAACUUCACUACCAACUUCGCAAUGUUCGUGAACGUCUGGCAAAGAACCUGGUGGAGAAAGGUGUGCUGAGCACAGAGAAGCAGAACUUCCUGCUAUUCGACAUGACCACACACCCUCUGAGCAACAGCACGGUGAAGCAGCGCCUUGUCAAGAAGCUCCAGGAAGCCAUGCUCGACAAGUGGGUGAGGGAGCCUCAGCGCAUGGACAAGCGUCUGCUCGCUCUCAUCCUCCUCGCACACUCCUCCGACGUACUGGAGAACGCUUUCGCACCGCUGCAGGACGAGCAGUAUGAGCUCGCGACGAAGCGCGUACGCACGCUGCUCGAGCUCGAACCCGAGACCGAGGCAACCAAAUCCGGUGCCAACGAGCUGCUCUGGGCUGUCGUGGCCGCUUUCACCAAAUGAACCUGUCUGAUAACGGAAGAGAUGGAGAGAGUGGACUUGAUGAUCAACAAACCUGCUGGAGAGAAGGAGAUAUUAUUAUGGCUGCUUGCACUAAAUGAAAGGGAAUAAAAGAAGACUUGGAACUCAGUCUAUGGAUUUAUAGCUUGGGUUAUACUGGGCUGGAUUGGAGGUGGUGGGAUUAUUAUAAUGGUAGAAUUCCUGAUAAUGAAGGAAAUUGUUGUUAAUGAUUAUAAUAAUAACGUUUCUCAUUGAACUUGGUCUAGUUCAGAAAAUAAUUGUUUCUCAGAGAUUUUCGAGAAGAACUUGAUCUGCUUAUACACAGGUAUCCGACAAUGCACUUUCAGCAAGAACGGUUCUGCUAUCUGGUUCUAAAAUCACUGCCCUCAUUUCUACCUUAAAAUAUAGGAGUGGUUUGGUGGAAAAAAAAAAUGUACAAUGUACAAAAGUGCACAACGAUCUGUUGGUACAAGCGAAUAGAGUUUACGCUUGGGUUGUGGGUUGACCUGUCGAACAAGUGAAAGAACCUUUUCUUUCUCGGAGAACCUUUUUCAGAGAUGUUAGAUGUUGAACGUGUCAUGGCCGAUCAGAGACAUGAAAUUGGGUUGUUUUUUGUAAUUUAUUGCUUGAACGUGCAAUCUCUCCUACCCCUCCUUUUCGACCAACAAGGAACAGCUUAAGUUCUGAUUCGUGCACCAAAUUUUGAACCGUUCAGUCGUGGGCUUCCCAAAAGCUUCUUAACUAGGAGAGAGAGUGUUCGUUGUACUGCUCGCUCUACCAUUUAACAAUUAUCUUUGUGCUACGAUGCUUUUGGGAAACUCAGCACCAAGCAUUUCGACCAUAAAUAAAUUGGUUCAGAAACUGAAAAGUUGGUUUCCAGCCAGAACCAAACGAUAACUGGUUUUUCCAGCAUGAACCAUCAGUGGGCGUGUCUUUAGUUUGGACAGGAAGUACAGUGCAGCAAUGGGAAACGAUGCAUCUUCAGAAUGGAAAAUAUCUGCAGUAAUUGAAAAAUCUCGUAGGUAAUCCAUGCGCUCUGCCGUCUUGCUACUGAUGUUGACUUCUGGUUCUGCUCAAAACUGGUGAAAACGUGGGCUGGUUCGCAAUCUGGGACCAAGGUUCAAGGAAUCUCGACGGAGCUGAUUCAAGAACCCAUUCCCUUUUGGUUGAAAAGGGUAUAUUUGGAUGUCGAUAUUGGCCGUUCUUCAUGAUAUGAUCGUGCUCUGGCUGAGAUCCGAUCCACAGGUCAGAUCCGUCCAGAGAGACCUCCAGCUUUUGUCCCGUUUAGCACGAGAUCCUGAUUCUCACAAAAUCACUAAACGUACCGGUAAUUAUUUUGUUAAAUUUUUUUUUUGGGGAGUGUUGUGUUAUUUUUAUCCGGGAUUCAUUGUCGGGUCGAUUACUGCGAACAUGUCGGUGUCAGCUUGGUAUUAAAUUGUUAUUCUAACUAACAGGCAGGGUUUUUUUUCCCUUUUCCUCUGCUCCAUUCAGUUAAUUUUCUUUUUUUUUUUUUCUUCUUUCUAGCUGAUACAUGCUUCAGGGUUUCCCCAGGAAGGGAAAAUGUGCUGUAUGUGUUUCCAGUACUCGUGAGCGAUUUAAUUUUAAUGCACAUCAUAUGUAUUUCUAAACUUGACAAUAUUUGCACACUUGUUAAAACAGCCCAGCUGUCCCCCCUUUUUCUUUUCUUUUCUGUCCCGGAAGCAAUAGUGGAACUCUUGGCGAUUUUCUCACAGCUCUUCAAAAGGCAGAACACAAGGCCGGUGAACAAACUCGUUUCUGUGUUUUGAGUAGUUGGCUUCCCUUAACUUCGAAGUACUACUGAAUGGUAUCUGGUAUCACAGGAGCGCACACUUAAAGAUCAAGAGUGUGUGGUGUUUAAUGGCAGUGGAUUAGCAGAGUAAAGAACUGCAUCUCCAUCAGCAAACCCCUGAACAAAAACGUUUAAUAUGAAAUAAGCCUAAUUAGUUCAUCCUAUAAACACUCCUGAAAAGCUUUUCGACUGUUUUCAGCUAUUUUGAAAAAUAAACUGUGUCAGAUGGCGAAAAUACCGUCUCGGUAAGUUCCAGUCAAGUUGUCAAUGUGGCCCCUUAUAUAACCAUCAUCUAAGGAACUGAACUUCACCUGCAGUGGAAAAAAUACAUAUGAAAUGGUCCUCCUCAAUACGUCCAUGAGGAUUCACAGGAAAAACAGGACUCAUGCAGUUUAAAUAGCUCGGGUUAUACGUCCUGCAGCGGAAAAUAUCCACGAUUAUUCUUUCCACAUUCACUGGAUAUGAGCAAUCGUGCACUCUGAUUGGCUACUCUACUACUAGGAUAUUAGCUCAUAUACCAUGAGUAGAGAAAAACAAAAUGGCGGAGUGUGUUGCUGAACCAACUGAGGACGAAAUAAAAACUCUAUUUGAAAACAAAACCCGAAAAAUUAUUUAAAAAAAAAAAGCAACAAAAUAUGAACGUGUGUAUAUAUAUAUAUUUUUUUCCCAAGAAUUAUCGCAUUUUUCACAAAUUGCUCCUGUCAUUUCACCGGUUUGUUUACAAAGUUAUCAAAUUUUCUAAAAAUAAAAUGCUCCGUUACUCAAAAUCCAGUGAAUGUGGAUAGAAUAAAACAGUUAUUCCACUCAAUCAUGUUCGACAUGGAUUACAGAUAACUCGGUGCUACGCGCCUCGUCGGCUAUCGGCUCGCGUACGACUCGAUUUUGUGGAAUAACCGUUAAAUGUGGAGUUUCUAAAUACAAUCUCGGACGCACUCAAGCCAUUUUACCUCCUGACCUUAUGAGAAGGUUUUGCUUUCUUAAAGUGCACCUUUUUUCCAUUUCACCCAUUACUUUUUAAAUACUAUAAUAUGGUUUCAAUUUUUUCAGAUUUGUCUGUAUUUCAGCGAGUCCUUCUGUUUUGUCGGGGUUUAUUUUUUAUUUUUUUAAAUAGGGAUGUAUUGAUGCAAUGCUGAACAUGGCUAUUGGACCAAAACUUUCCUGAAUCACUGGAUUAUUAUCCAAUUUAACAAAUUUUCUGAUCCUGUCCGUUGGUGUGGGUGUGUGUGUGUGUGUGUUCCCCCCCCCCGAAAGCUUGACUGGUCAUUAUUUCUACCCGAAGCUCAUCUUUUGCUCCAAGAGAAUCGCAGCAAACAGGAUGUCCUCACAGCAACACCUUUUCUCUGAAAUGAGAGAGAGCAGGAUCAGUUCAUCCCUCGUUCUUUCCAAGUCAUCCCCUUUUACUGUGAAUGAGAAGAGGAUUUGGGUUUGCUUGUUGGAUCUGCUGUAAGUUAACUACUGUGUAGAAGUAGUGCUGGUGUGAGAGGAAGCUGUGGAUUUGUACAAUGAUUUAUAUCUUGUAAUAAAGGAUGAGCCUUUAAGUGCCUGAACUGGAUAGAAA